GGGUGGGUCGUUGACAAUGGCGAUUGGCGAAGCCACAGGAAGGCUUCUGUGUUGAAAUUUCUUGAGGCACAAGCCGCCGGUCAAAUUAGAAUUUAGAAUGCAAACUCACGCAGCCAUUAGCCCAUCAGUUUGGAUUUUUAGAAUAGAAGAAUCGAAUCCUUCUAGAAACACUUCUCCCCCUCUUUGUUUCUCCAAAUCCAAAUCAGUUGCUUCUCUCUCUCUCUCCAUGUUUGAAAAUCUUUUGCCUCGUUUUUGAUUUUCUGUUGUUGCUCGCAUCAUCUCAUUACGACCCGCCCUCGUUUCUCGCGUUCUCUGUCCACCUUUUGGCUUUCUCUCUCAGGGUUACAGGUUGCUCCCCUCUUUUCUUCUUACAAUCCUUCUUUUGUGUCGCUGCAUCUUACAAAUCCAGAAAACUAAGACGUUCGGAUAGUUGGUUAUCUCUAUCUCCCUCAGUCUUUAUAUCUCAGCCUUGCAGGUGUUGGAGUUGGUGGUUAGUCAGAUAUUUCCAUUAUAAUUAUUAGAUCUUUCAUGAUUUUGAAGUUUGGAGGCUCUUCGCUGCUCGAGAGGCCUUUGGUCUUCGGAUCAUGGCCUCUGAGCGACCUCUGUUGAUCCCUUCUCCCCAAACUCUGAAUACCCAGAAUCGUCAUAUCGCAAUGUCCACCUUUGCCGAUCUAAUCAAGUCCACCCCUCGUAAUCCAGACCCGUCUACGUCUUCUAGGAUGGAUCGGUCCGACCUAGUUGAGAAUUCUUCCCACGAAGGCGUCUCGGCGCUUAAGUCGUCUUCUGUGCGGAGUAUUUCUUCUAUUCAGUCAAAAGAAUCGGUGACUUUCACUGUGGAUAGCUUCCGGGGGUCGGGAUCGAAGCCGGUAAGAUAUGGGUCGGGGAGAACUGAAUCUGAAGGGUUUGGUUCGUCCCAGAAGGAAAUCAGCGACGAGGAUGCGAGGCUGGUUUACAUCAAUGAUCCCUUGAGGACGAACGAGAGGUUUGAAUUUGCAGGCAAUUCGAUCCGAACAGGCAAGUACUCUGUUUUAACCUUCUUGCCCCGCAACCUGUUUGAACAAUUCCACAGAGUAGCGUAUAUAUAUUUCCUUGUGAUUGCAAUCCUGAACCAACUCCCUCAGCUCGCGGUGUUCGGUCGGGGAGCUUCGAUAUUGCCUUUGGCCUUCGUUCUACUGGUUACGGCAGUUAAGGAUGCGUACGAGGACUGGAGGCGUCAUCGCUCAGACCGAAUUGAGAAUAAUAGAUUAGCGUCUGUGCUCGUAAAUGGUCAGUUUCAAACCAAAAGAUGGGCGGACAUCAGGGUUGGGGAGACCUUAAUGGUCUCCGCAAAUGAAACUCUUCCUUGUGACAUGGUAUUGCUUUCUACUAGUGAUCAAACUGGGGUUGCCUAUGUUCAGACACUGAACUUAGAUGGAGAAUCGAACUUGAAAACACGGUAUGCGAAACAGGAGACCCUGUCGAAGAUGCCUGAGAAAGAGGGGAUCAAUGGGCUGAUUAAAUGUGAGCGCCCCAAUAGGAACAUAUAUGGUUUUCAUGCAAACAUGGAGAUUGACGGGAAGCGGCUUUCUUUGGGACCCUCAAACAUUAUUCUUCGCGGUUGUGAGCUCAAGAACACAGCUUGGGCUGUUGGAGUUGCAGUAUACGCUGGCCGUGAGACUAAGGUCAUGCUUAACAGCUCUGGAGCUCCUUCUAAGAGGAGCAGACUGGAGACUCGUAUGAACCGGGAGAUCAUUUUGCUCUCGUUUUUUCUGAUUACUUUGUGUAGUAUAGUCUCUAUUUUUGCUGGGAUUUGGCUGCGGCACCAUCGGGAUGAACUGGACACCUCGCCUUAUUACAGGAGAAAGGAUUACUCCGAGGGAAAUAUAGAAAAUUACAACUACUAUGGGUGGGGAUGGGAGAUAUUCUUCACAUUCCUCAUGUCAGUCAUUGUAUUCCAGAUUAUGAUCCCUAUUUCUCUCUACAUUUCAAUGGAGUUAGUGCGCCUUGGCCAGGCCUAUUUUAUGAUCCGAGAUACAACUUUGUAUGAUGAGACAACAAAUUCGAGGUUCCAGUGCAGGGCUUUGAAUAUAAAUGAAGAUUUAGGACAGAUAAAAUACAUCUUUUCAGACAAAACUGGAACACUUACUGAAAACAAGAUGGAAUUUCGAUGUGCCAGCAUCUGGGGAGUAGAUUAUAGUGGUGCUAGAAAUCUUAUGCCAGGUGAACAAGAUGGAUACUCUGUCAAAGUUGAUGGGAAGAUAUGGAGGCCAAAAAUGACAGUAAAGGCUGACCCAGAACUCCAAUGGUUGCUAAGAAAUGGACAGAAAACAGAGGAGGGAAAGCGCGCUUAUGAUUUCUUCCUUGCAUUGGCUGCUUGCAAUACAAUUGUGCCUCUUGUCACAGAGACAUCUGACCCAGCUGUCAGGUUGGUAGAUUAUCAGGGUGAAUCUCCUGAUGAACAGGCACUGGUUUAUGCUGCUGCCACUUAUGGUUUCAUGCUUCUAGAACGAACCUCUGGUCACAUUAUCAUUGAUGUUAAUGGAGAGAGACAGAGGUUCAAUGUCUUGGGUCUACAUGAAUUUGACAGUGACCGUAAGAGAAUGUCAGUUAUUGUUGGUUGCCCAGACAAUAUGGUGAAAGUCUUUGUGAAGGGUGCAGACACCUCCAUGUUUGGUGUAAUUGAUAGAUCUCUAGGUUUGGAGGUAAUUCGUUCUACCGAGAGCCAUCUGCAUGCCUACUCCUCAUUAGGUCUGAGAACACUAGUUGUUGGGAUGCGAGAAUUGAAUGUCUCGGAAUUUGAGCAAUGGCAGUCUGCCUAUGAGAAAGCAAGUACUUCAUUGAUGGGAAGAGCAAGCUUACUUCGUGCUGUUGCUGGUAAAGUAGAAAAUAAUCUGUGCAUAUUGGGAGCAUCGGGCAUUGAGGAUAAGCUGCAACAGGGUGUGCCUGAAGCUAUAGAAUCUCUGAAGCAAGCAGGGAUUAAAGUGUGGGUCUUGACAGGGGACAAGCAAGAAACUGCCAUAUCAAUUGGCUACUCCUGUAAGCUCCUAACCAGUAGGAUGACCCAGAUCAUAAUAAAUAGCACUUCAAAGGAAUCCUGUAGGAAGAGUCUUGAAGAUGCAAAGGCCAUGUCUAAGCAUCUCCUGGGAAUAUCCACACAGAAUGGUGGAUCAGGUGUUUUACCUACCAAAGUUCCACUUGCUUUAAUCAUUGAUGGUACCAGCCUUGUCUAUGUUCUUGACAGUGAACUAGAAGAUGAGCUUUUCCAAUUAGCAACCAAAUGCAGUGUUGUUCUAUGUUGCCGAGUAGCUCCAUUACAAAAAGCUGGAAUUGUUGCCCUCAUAAAGAAUAGGACAGAUGACAUGACCCUUGCAAUUGGCGAUGGUGCCAAUGAUGUUUCAAUGAUCCAAAUGGCUGAUGUGGGAAUUGGCAUAAGUGGCCAAGAGGGACGUCAAGCAGUCAUGGCAUCAGAUUUUGCAAUGGGGCAGUUCAGAUUCUUGGUUCCUCUUUUAUUGGUCCAUGGACAUUGGAAUUAUCAACGAAUGGGCUACAUGAUAUUGUACAACUUCUAUAGGAAUGCUGUGUUUGUUCUCAUCUUGUUUUGGUAUGUUCUUUAUACUGCAUUUUCUCUGACUACUGCAAUCACUGAAUGGAGUAGUGUGCUGUAUUCAAUUAUCUAUACAUCCUUGCCUACAAUAAUUGUUGGGAUUCUUGACAAAGACUUGAGUCGAAGGACUCUGUUGAAGUAUCCUCAACUAUAUGCAGCAGGGCAGAGACGAGAGUGCUACAAUCUUAAAUUGUUCUGGCUGACAAUGACGGAUACUGUGUUUCAAAGUGUUGUUGUAUUCUUUGUUCCUUUCCUUGCUUAUAGGCAGAGCACUGUGGAUGGGUCCAGCAUAGGAGAUCUGUGGACCCUUGCAGUGGUGAUUCUAGUUAAUAUUCAUCUAGCUAUGGACGUAAUACAUUGGACAUGGGUUACCCACGUAGUGAUAUGGGGUUCUAUUCUUGCAACAUUCAUCUGUGUCAUUAUCAUUGAUGUUAUCCCUACGCUACCGGGCUAUUGGGCCAUCUUCGAUAUUGCUAAGACUGGACUAUUUUGGUUGUGCUUACUUGCCAUCCUAGUGGCAGCAGUUGUUCCUCGUUUUGUUGUAAAAGUUUCUAGUCAAUACUUUAGUCCUUCUGAUGUUCAGAUUGCUAGAGAAGCUGAGAAGUUUGGGAUUCCCCAGGAAUUUGAAAGAACAGAGGUAGAAAUGAAUCCUAUUUUAGAUCAUCCACGAGAGAUGACAAGGUGAUUUUGUUCCUUUUCAUCUUCUUUAUUGUUCAUUUUUUUUCUUUUUUUUAUUAUUAUUUGUGUGUAUAGUUUCAUAUUCUUUGGGCUGCAUGGGUGAGUUCUGCAUUCACCAAUUACUCACUUGCUUUCUAUCCAAAGGAUAGAUUUUUAUAUCAGAUAUGCAUUGUGCAUUAUUGUAUUUUUUUAAAGAAAUGUGAAUCAGUUUACACCAUGUCUUCGGACUCUGGGAGUGUUUUUCUAUAAUUAUUGGAUAGAAAAUGAGACUUGAAACUACUCUUUGAAGAAAUGUGGCACCUCCAUGUUGGACCUAAAGGACAGUUUCUCAAUGCAAUCAAGAUACGCAUUCCAGGUUU